UCGCAUGUCUGCAUUUUAACACGGAAUUUCAGUUCAUAUUGUUGUAUCCUAUUUCUAACUGAAGCGUUGUUGCCUAUUAUGCGAUAUCACAUAGUGGCCUUAAUUGCCAACAUAAGGGGAGUGGAUGACUUCUUGUUUUUAUCCUAACACAGCUGAUUGUUGUUAUGGACUGGAGACUUGAAUAAUACUUUCGGGCAUUUACUGGGUCGGGCCUGUUCUGAAUUUGAAGAGACAGAUUUAUCAUGCCUACUGAGGACCCAAAUUAUCACCACUCUGCAGCCAGACUGAUGCUUUUUAUGGUGUCAGUUCUGUUAACAUCUGAACACGACUUAUUGCUACCAGGUGUUGUGAGAACUGCAGUUAGCACGCUGUUUUGACUGUGUGUGUUUGUGUCAUAAUAAACAAAUACUUGAACACAUCUUGAGGACCUCAGUUUGCACAAUUUAGCGUCCUUCCUCGGAAUUAUUCAGCGACAGGGGCUGUUUCAACGCAGAUGUUUUGUCAUUGUACUUUUUAAGGACCUCAUUUAUGACAUUUCUGCAGUCUGACUCUGAAUUCCUUAUGUCGGCUCUCACAUCUUAACAAUGAUUUGUUGUUGUUAUGCUUUAUGAAGACCUUGGUUAUCAUAUCACUGUGAUUUAUUUUCUCAACCCUCACAUCAUCACACAAAUGUAAUGUGCCUUGGGAAGACUUGGGUUUUGAAUUUUGUGUGUGUGUGCGUGUGUGUGUGUGCGUCUGUGUGCGUGCGUGCGUGCGUGCGUGUGCGUGUGCGUGUGGCCGCACAGGGUACCUACGUGCACCAGGCCUGCUCCCGGGAGCUGGAGGUGGGGCUGUGUAAGCCGUGCCACGGAGUGACGUACACGGAGCACUCCAACGGGAUGAACCGCUGCCUGCCCUGCACCCACUGCCGCUCAGAUGAGAUGGAGACAGUCUCCUGCACCAGCACCACAGAUACCAAGUGUCAGUGCAAAUCCGGAUCCUUCUGCGUCCCCGACCAGGCCUGUGAGGUCUGCAAGCGCUGUGCCAGGUGUAAAGCGGGUGAUGAGGAGGUGCAGAAGUGCACUGCGUUCUCCAACACGGUGUGCAGGAAGCGCUUCCCAUCCACCACGGAGCUGUCCCCGCCCCUCCUGCCCACACCGGCUCCCGGCUCCCCUGAGCUCAUAGCGAUCCCCAUCGUCCUCAUCCUGGUUCUGAUCUUCUGCGGAUUGUUGGUGUGGUUCUUGAUCAAGCGGCGCUCUUCUUGCGAGAGACCCUGUUCUAAGCCGCUGUGUGAGUCGAGUGAAAUCGUGAAGAUUCCCAUUGACGAGAGUGGCGCCACGGCGGAGGAGCGGCAGAACGACCAGAACGCCGGCCUGGAGGGCGGCGAGGACCCCCGGCCCGAGUCCCGCCCGCUGCUGCAGGAGACCCAGGCGGGCAUGAGCAAGGCCUGCCCCCCCGGGGAGGACGAGGACCGCGGCCUGGGGGACAGCCUGCCCAACACCACCAGCUCUUCCCAGACCAGCCUCUCGGCCCUGCCCACCGUCACCGCCUCGCCCUCCUCCUCCACCUCCUCCUCCAGGAGCUCCCCGCACCCCAGCCCCACCCCCACCCAGACGCUACUGCCCACUGCCAUGAAUGAUCCGUUGCAGAUGCGCUUGCUGCCACUCUUAGGGUCGGAGAAGUCUUUGAGGAAGAGUUUCGACCUCUUCGACGAGUACCUGGACGUGCGGAUCCACAACAAGUUCUUCCGGCUCAUCGGGGUCAGCGACAACCACAUCCGGCUGGCCGAGGGCGCACCCCCGGGGGACAAGGUGUACGACCUGCUGAAGAGCUGGAUGCAGCGGGAGGGCCUCAAGGCGGACAUCAACACCCUGCUGGACGCCCUGCUGAGCAUGGACCAGCGGCGAUCCGCCGAGAGCAUCGCCUGCGCCGCCCUGCAGAAGGGCUACUACCAGCACGCCGGCGCGCCCUGACCGCCGCGCGGGGGCGGAGGGAUACGCAUGAAGUAGAACCGCAAGAGGACUACAGAGGACCUAUGAGGAGCAGACCUAAAGCACAUGGACUCUGUUUGUUGACGUUAUCUUUCAGGGGAUGGGGGGGGAAGACCGGCUUACCUCCACGUGGCUCAUGAUGAGGCUGUGUGUUUUUUUUGAAAAGCCAGUAAUUAGUUUGUUUUUUAUGAGAAAAUGAAAGCCACACGAAAACAAGGGGGGGAAGGAUGAGUCAAAACUGAUCUUUGUUUCUCGAAGGUUGUUGACUAACUCUUCGCGUUGUCUGGCUUAACAGCGGAAAUGAAAAGAAAAAGAAAAAGGAUUUGUGAGCAGACGGCGUCAAAGACAGAAGUGAUUCAUUUCGUAGUAGACUCAGACACAGACAGACACGCAGACAGACACACACACACACACACACACAGACACACGCGCACACACGCAUGCACACACACAAUCGUUAAUUCGAAGGAAGGCAGAUCAUCAAUGUGUUCGGUUCAAGGGAUGGCCGUAAAGACUUGUUCAGAGGUGAAGAAGCCAUCCAAGCUCAGAGGUCUCCCAGUCAGUGUGUAGCUCCCCGGUACUCCACCUGGAGCAGAGCCAUACGCUGUAGAGAGGCAAGGAGAUUUAUAUAUAGAUAUAUAAAUGAAAACACUGGUUUGCAGAAGUGGUGUUAGCAGUGCCACUGAAACUGUGCCUUCCUGAUGCACUGAUCCCCAAGGCACAUGUAGUCAUGUAGAGCUACAGUUACGUUAUACUCAUAGCUACAUAGAUUUAAACUGCUCUGUAAAGGAAAAAUACAUUUUACGUGUCUGCACAAUGCCGUCGGAGAGGAGUAGGAAUGUAUUGGGCCGUGUGUUUGUUGUUGUUACGAGUUCGCUGAAAGCUUACUAAUGAAUAUGUUACGUCUUUUUUUGUCCUCACUAGUUUUUCCGUCAAGCGAUAUUAAGGUAAAAAUGCCAAUCCAUUUAGAUCAAACCAGUCAAGGAUAAUUUCAUAUACUAUAAAUUACUGAACAUUUUUUUCACCUCUUGUAAAAAAGCAUUGCCCAGAUACGUUUUUAUUCAUUUCUCUGUGAAACAGCACUUCCGUUUCUGAAAAGCAAAACACCUGCAUUGCAUUUCGUAAUUUUGUAAGACAGAAAUUCAAAGGUUCUGGCAUUUUAUUUAUUAAUAUAUUUAUGUUUUAUUAAUUAUAUAGUUUCCAUGGUUAUUUAUGUCAUUGCUAAUUUCAACCCUGGUCAAGAAAACAUAGUUCUAUUGUGUUGGUGUGAAGACCGGCGGAGGGGGAACCACCGACACGUCGUCUGGCUGUAAUGCCAAACCCCCACCGCCUUGCUUCGGCGACAAGUAUCAGAAGUGGCGGUUCUCGUCUUAUUUGCUGCGGUAUCGCAACGGUUUCCGAACACUACAAUCGCCAGGUGUACACGACAAUGUGUACUCGCGUUAAUGUAUAUAUUUGAUUUCUUUAUAAUUAGAGGUAACCCCUUUUUUUAACUACAAAUCCACCUCCCAUUUAGCCUACAAGAAAUGACCGACAGGAUAGAGAAUACAGCAACAGGUACUGGGCGUUCUUCUACUUGAGAGAUGAUGAAGGAAACCUUUUCUGGAUAUUGACCCAUUGAUUUAUUUGAUAUAAGCUCCCUGGUUAAUGGCCUUUUUUUAUUUGUAUACAUGUCCAGAUAGGGCCUAGAUUUCUCACCACUUCUGUGAGUGUACAUAUAAUACAAUGAUGUGACAAAAAGUGUAGGCUAUAUCGGGGGCAACUAAUGAAGUUUAUGUUCUCACCGGACACACCACGCCACAGUGGUGGGGACAGCAGUCAUUGUAGACAUUAAAACUAGAUUGUAUUUGUUUUUUUCUGCUGUGGCUGACUCUGCUUUUGAUGUACAAAGAAAUGAGAAGAUUCUAUUUUAUAGCCUUAGAGGCUUCAGUGCUGGCACUGCCAUCUAUUGAUGAGAUACCUGGAGACACCGCCCGCCCGACACACACAUUGUUAUACUCUCUUAAGACUUUCUUGACCAAUUUUUCUAACCUUUCAUUCAUCGUGGCCUUUCAAAGUACGAAGAGCUGAUGCAUAUGUAACAUAUGUUCUAUUCUAUGGCAAUUGAAGAAAGUGUGUGUAUUUGUGUCUGAAUGUAUGUUUUGAUUUUCUAGAAUUACUGUGUUUUUACAUUUGUACAUAUGUCAAAGCCAAAGUCCAAAACAGUUCAAUUCCUCCAUCCAAUAGCAUUGGGAAGAUUAUGUAAAAAUGUACUGUACAUUUUUUAUGUAAACAGAUUUCCCGUCGUUUAUAUGAUUGAUAUGAUUCUGGUAUACAAAUGCAGGUCGGCAAUGUAUUUGUAUAUAUUAAUUGUAAUUAAACAUUUUGUAUAGAAAAUA